AGGCGGAGUUUAGACUGAAACUGACACCGAGACUGACUGAGAUUUGACAAUUUUCACCAUGGCGGCCGUGGGAAAUCUACACAACACGCGCAUGCUGCGCUUUCUUUUGGUCCUAAUCGUGGUGAUCCUCACAAUUUUCAUCUACGCCACGUACUCGACUGCGGGAGGCAUAACAGCAAACCAUUUGCAUUCGGCGCCGUCGCCGGCUCAGCAGCUUAUUGGCGGUCAUCCCGGUCGCCAGUCCAUGGACCAAGUUCUGAUAGUGAACAAUACGGAGAAGGAGUACAGUCCGCCUGCUAGCGGAGAAAGUACGCUCAAGGUACCCAGCAGACAGUCGCAACAGCAACAACAGCAGCAACCGGCGGAGAUGCACAAGAAGCAUUCGCAACACCGGCUGCCCACCAUCGAUGCGGAUGCGCUGCUCGAUGGCGGCUCUGCCGGAGCCAGUCCCCAGGUGGGUGGCGCUGAGCAAACGCCCAACGCCAUGGCGGAUGAGCUACUGGAAGAGCAACAAUAUGGCCAGAGCGUUGAUGGCAUAACCGGAAACAUCAACAGCAGUUCCAACAACAAUAGCUCUGCAGACACGUUGCUUGUUAAACAAUCGAUUCCCGCCCAAUUACCACAACAGCAACAGUCGCAGGCGCUGCCGCUCUCCGAUGCGGAGCUCCUCAUACCCACUUCGAAUUUGCAAAAGUUUAUCGAGAAUGCCGAUAAGAUAUUAAGGAACAUCACCACAAACAGUAGCACGGGCAACGGAGCUGCGGCAACCGGAGCUGACCAAAACGCGGAUAAAAGAAAUCAGCCAGAUACGGCACAACUGAACUCGGUGGACGGCAAGCUGGAAGUGUCGGAGCUUGACUCCGAAAAGCAGGAGGGGGAAUCUAAGGUUAUUCAGGAAAUUAAGGAUGCAAAGAAAGAGGCUGCAGUUCCACCAUCUAAAUCAGACAAACCACCUGUGUCCAUUGCAAAAACAACAAAGGGCAAAAGCGUGGCUAAGGCCCCAAUUGCUCCAGUUGAUCCAUCGAAGGGAGUGGCGACCGAGAAGCUCUACGAGCCAGGUCACUUAGACGAGGAAAUCGACUCUCAGCGCAUCUGUCCAAGAGAUGGAGAGUUUAUUAAGCUUCUGGUUCUUAUUAGCUCCGCGAUGUCCCAUGAGGCAGCAAGAAUGUCCAUUCGGCAGACGUGGAUGCACUAUGGAAGCAGAAGGGACGUCGGCAUGGCAUUUGUGUUGGGACGUGGCAAUAAUGAAACUCUGAACAAGGCUCUUACCCAGGAGAACUUCAUUUACGGCGAUCUGAUUCGGGGAAACUUCAUAGACUCGUACAACAACCUCACCCUCAAGACCAUCUCGACAUUGGAAUGGGCAGAUCUACACUGCCCGAAGGCAAAGUAUAUUCUCAAGACGGACGAUGACAUGUUCAUCAAUGUGCCCAAGCUGCUGACCUUCCUCGACAAACAUAAGGACAAGCGAACCAUAUACGGUCGCCUAGCCAAAAAGUGGAAACCGAUUCGCAACAAAAAGUCAAAGUACUAUGUGUCUGUGGAUCAAUUUGCUGCGGGCGUGUUUCCUUCCUUCACAACUGGACCAGCAUACGUUCUAACCGGGGACAUUGUGCACGAGCUAUAUGUACGAUCGCUGAAGACUGUGUAUCUGAAGCUGGAGGAUGUGUUCACCACAGGCAUCGUGGCGAAGAGCCUAAACAUAAAGCGGGUACAGGCGAACGAGUUUGUCAACCGACGCAUCUCAUUCAACCCGUGUAACAUCCGCAAUGCAAUCAGUGUGCACAUGAUCAAGUCGAACGAACAAUUCGAUCUGUGGAAAAAACUGCUGGACCAGACCACCAAGUGUAAAUAGUAUUUUAAGUUUAGAGUGUAGUUGUCGGUAUAAGAACCCAGUGUGGUCGUUCGAGAGAAAGAGCAAAUUUAUGUAGUUCGGUACGAGUAGGAAAUGAUUAGCAAAGGCAGCUAAAUAGGAUUAUAACAUUAGCAUAGUCUCUAAGUCCUAGAAACAUCACAAAUUUCGUUGUCGAUCCCUGCAUCUGCCUAUAUGCAUGAGGUCCAACAGCAAUCAAAGUAUAUUUUAAAAGAUUUGUAGUUUAAUUUUAGCAUUCAGAAUGCCAUUAUUUAAAUAAUAAUUACUGAGCGAUAACUGUGGUUAUAUCUUAAACUAAAUACAUAAAUGUAAAUCGAGUCGAUCCAAAAGUUCAUUUUUCA